CCUGAACCAUACAAUUACCAUGCCGAAGCUCAUGCAUACCCAGCAGCUUAUGCACCAACAGCCUACGGUACAAUUUCACAUCACGGAAAGACCAUUGCCACUCCACACUCAUAUGUCAGCAAAUAUGAUACUCGUUACGUUCAUGAAGAUCCACACUACUAUCCAUCAGCCACCGUUGUGAAAAGCUACGAUGCCGCUCCAGUUGUUGCCAAGGCCGUUUACUCGCCAACCGUUUUGAAGACUCCAGUCGUUCCAACCAUUGUAAAGACACCAGUUGUCUCAAGCGUUCCAGUUGUCAAAAGUUACGAUUCUUAUGGUCAUUCUUAUGAUCAUUCUUAUGAUCACUCAUACGCUCAUGCCGCUCCAGUCAUUGCCAAAUCCGCUGUUUCAUAUUCACCAGCCGUUGCUGUCUCACAUGCCACAUUCGAAAGCGCCCAUGGUCACUAUGCCUGGUAAAUUUGAAUCAUCCAUUUCACGAGCCGUCUCUCCGUUCAUAUUUAUUUCUCUAUUGAACUUGAAACAUAUUUUCUACGAACUCAACAUGAUUUUAUAAAAAUAA